UCUCUCCCUCUUACCCUUGUCUGUCAGUGUGAUCAAUGGCUUGACUUCCUCUUUUUGCUAAGGCUGUAGGCUGUAUACAAGAACACAGGAUUCGCCUGGUGCUGCUCUCAGUUUCACAGCAGCAGCAGCAGCCAGCAGUGCUUGAAGACAAUUAUAUCUAGAAAACACGCCGGAUUCCCUCUGCAGUCAAGAUGAGUGCAGGGGAUGUGGUCUGCACCGGCUGGCUCAUCAAAUCUCCCCCUGAGAAGAAACUAAAGAGAUAUGCAUGGAGGAGGCGAUGGUUUGUUCUUCGAAGAGGACGUAUGAGUGGGAACGCAGAUGUGUUGGAGUACUACCGAAACACGACCUCAAAGAAGCCCAUCCGCACCAUCGACCUGAGAGAGUGUGAGGUUCAGAUGCAGAUGGAGCAACGCCUGGUCAAGAGGGAGUUCCAGAACCAGCACAUCUUUGUUGUCAAGACGUCGUCUCGCAUUUUCUACCUGGUGGCCAAGACUGAGGAAGAGAUGAACAGUUGGGUCAGUCAGAUCAGGGAGAUCUGUCACUUUGGACCUCUUGAUGAUGGGACAGAAUCAGAGGAAGGUUUCUCUCACACCCCAACCCCCCAGCAGCCUUCACCAGUGCUCUCCCGAAAUAUGUCAUUCAUUUCCAACCAUGACUUUAUGGCCAAUGGCAACAGCAGAGUGGAGAUGCCUAGCCAGAUGGAACCCAACCAUCCACUGGACUACCUCGUCCUCUCACAGUGUGAGACAGGGAGGUUCAGCAUCUCUAGAUGCGACAGCUUUUCAAACUCUGAGAGAUCUCUGGAACAAAAUUCAUCAGACGCUACUACUGAAGAUGUCUUCUCUUCACCCCUCGGCACUGAUCCUUCUCUGUCUCCCUUUGCCCACACUGCACCAUCUCCGUCCCCCUUCCCCCACACUGGACCAUCUCCGUCCCCUUUCCCCCACACUGGACCAUCUCUGUCCCCCUUCCCCCACACUGGACCAUCUCUGUCCCCCUUCCCCCACACUGGACCAUCUCCGUCCCCUUUCCCCCACACUGCACCAUCUCCGUCCCCCUUCCCCCACACUGGACCAUCUCUGUCCCCCUUCCCCCACACUGGACCAUCUCCGUCCCCCUUCCCCCACACUGGACCAUCUCCGUUCCCCUUCCCCCACACUGGAUCAUCUCCGUCCCCCUUCCCCCACAUAAGGACGCAUGACACCCCCUUCAGCGCACCAUGUGGCCCCACGUCAACCUCUUCCUCUCCUCGAACUCUCCAUCGUACACCAAAUGUCUUCCAGUUUGACAAGCCAUACUCUUCUGCCAUAUUGGAGGCAACUAGUGAUGGACUAACUCCCCCUCCUCUGCCCCCCAAGCCUGUCCACCUCUUAGAGCACCUCAGUGAUGACGGCUCCCACGGGCCUCUGGCAGGAAUUAGGCAGCGGCUCACAGGCCAACCUGCACUCAUCCCCCGGAGGAUCUCAUUGUCAGGCCUGCCAGACCACUUCAGAAGAGGAGACAUUGAGGGGAAUGCAUUGAGGAGCAGGAACAAAAGGCUCAGUCUCAAUUUGCCACAUGUCAUUGACACACAAAGUCCAUACUGCCAUGAGGACUCAUACGUGUCCAUGGCCUCUCCGCCUGUCUUUGUUGGUGAAGAUGUAUCGGACGGCUACGUCCCUAUGAGCCCCACUCCAAUCAGCUUCCUCAAGGCUAAUGGCAAAACAGAGGCCCCUCUCACUCCCACCCCCCUUUCCACUGCAGAUCUACAUGAGGAUCAAGAACCACCUCCAAUCAACAGGGAUCUCAAACCACGCAGGAGAGCACGGCCUCCACCACUGGACCUGAGGGGCCUGUCCACUAUCAGAGAAUGUCCGACUCAUAUGCCUUUGAUCAGAACCAUGACAGAGCCAGGCAAUUCACUGCAAGGAAAACUGGGAUUUAAAGGAGACCAAGAAGCCAGCAUUCCAAUAGAGUCAAGGCAACAGCUCUUCUCUACAAACGAGGGAGCCUCCCAGCCGUGGCUUAGGAGAUCAAACCUCGACUACCUUUCACUGGAUUUCAAUUCUGCAUCCCCCUCUCCUGUGCAAAAGAAGCCCUUCCUUGCUGAUGAACACAGGGUGGACUAUGUGCAGGUGGAUGAGAAAAAGACUCAGGCCCUGCAGAACACUAAGAUGGAGUGGAAGGAUGUCCGGCAGUCUAAAGUGUAAAUCAGAUGGAGAAAAAGUAAGAUGGGAUAAAACACAAAUACUUUCCAUUUCACAAAACAAGCGGAGCAAAUGCAACAUCAGGUUCUUUCAUGUACAAAAUAAAAGCACUUUGAAAUGCAUCAGAUAUAAACAUCUAUGAGAGAAGAAAGUAGACGUGUUGUCAAAGAAGGUUUAAAUUACUGGUUUGUAGUUUGGGGGCAUCAAAAUUCACUAUAAAAAUAUCACAUCAAAGUUACACUGUGAAUGUCACCUUACCAUGCACUGGGUCACAAUGCUGUUUUUGUAUAAAAUGUUAUGCAAUGAAAAGGACAUUGCUCAUUGCUCAUUCUUUCGCUGAAACAGAUUGUAUGGAUUCUUAAUUCACAGGAAUUCAGGGAUUAUGUUUUUAUAUGAACAAUGGUCUGAGUUUGAGAUCAUCUUAAACCAAAUGAACACGUGUCUAAGUGUUAGCCCUGGAAUCCUAAAGACAAAGAUAUGCAUUAAUGCUUCUGCCCAGCGCAUUGUAUUUGUUGUUGUUUUUAAAGUUCUGAUGCCUUGGAUUGGCAGCCAGCAGGAAUAGAGCCAUGCAAUCUGUAGUCAUGCACAUAGAGAGUGAAUGGAGUGGUAUCUAUCAUUCAGAGAACUCAUACAGUAUCAACAGGAUGAACAUCUCAGACCUGAUACUGUGUAGGCCUAACAGUACUGUGUUAUUACUGUUUAACAGAAGACCUGUUUAUAUCUGCUUCUAACAUACAUCCUUUGUCCUGACCUUGUCCACAUUCUGAUUGUGCCCUCAUUUUCAGACAGGUGUAAAUUAUUAAAAGACGCAUUGUGAUCUGAUUGAGAUCAGAUCUUCUUGACCACCUCUGGAAGUAUUCAGGGACCCAUUGUGUCUGGAUAUCUUACAAGUGUAGAAGGAUCUGGACAGUGAAACCAUUUAAAUCAUCAUUAUCCCGCCUUCUUAGCUUCAAAGGCAAGCCAGCAUUGGGAUGCAGGGUGGUAUGCUGCUGUCAUCAACAUGUCUUAAAAUAAAUAAUAUUUUGAAAGAAUGCCUGUCAGAAAAUGUGCAUACAGGGAGGGACCAGGAAAUCUGGUCACAAGGCAGACACAGUGGAUGGAUAUGAGACAGAAAAUGUGGGCACAAUCAGAAUGUGGACAAGAUCAGGACAAAGGACGCAUGUUAGCGCCAGGUAUAAACAAAGCUAGAUGGUACCGAUGACUCAAACCACAAUAUCCACACCAUCUCGAUAGGUCAAUCUACAGCAGAAAGCACAAAUCACUCAGUGUGCCUAUCCUAAACUUGGUGAGGGUAACUAACUACCUUACAAUGAACGGUCUGCUCACAAAUGUUGGAAAAGCCAUACAGUCUUAACUAGAUGUUUCUACAGAUGAACCCAUUGAACCCAUGAUUUUAGCAUAAGCGGUACCAUCUUCAGGUUGUGAGUUUUACUGUUUAAAUGUAUGCUUUAACGUGUCCGUGUAAUGUAUGCAGAUGCACAUCUAAGAAUGUUUUCAUGCUUUAAUAAAUCACUAUUACCUGAAA